AGGUGGUGGUGGUGGUGGUGGUGGUGGUGGUGGUGGGGGGGGUGGAGGUUUUUGUGGUGUUUCACGCUCUGGAGGUGGUGGUGGUGGUAUGACUUCCAGAAGCUUAUAUCAUAGCCUUGGAGGGUCUAGGAAAAUAGCAGUGAUCCCUGGUAACCGCACAAGUGUUGGUGGCUAUGGGUUUGGUGGUGGAGGAGGAGGUGGAGGAUUUGGUGGAGGAGCAGGUUCAGGAUAUGGAGGUGGAAUGGGAGCUGGUGGAGCAUUUGGAGGUGGGGGAGGAUAUGGUGGACCUGGAGGAUAUGGUGGAGGAGGCUUUCCUGAUGGUGGCCCAGAUUUUCCUGUAUGCCCACCUGGUGGAAUCCAACAAGUAACUAUUAACCAGAGCCUUCUAUCGCCACUUAACCUGGAAAUCGACCCAAGUAUUCAAAAAGUCAAAACAGAAGAAAGGGAGCAGAUAAAGACCCUCAACAACAAGUUUGCAUCUUUUAUUGAUAAGGUCAGGUUUUUGGAGCAGCAAAAUCAGGUCCUCAAAACAAAGUGGAGCUUCCUGCAGGAGCAUGGUCAAAAAGGUGGCACAAAAAGAAGCACCCUUGAACCCCUUUUUGAAACAUACAUCAAUAACCUUAGGCGACAGCUGGAUUCAAUAAACAAUGACAGAGGCCGUCUGGAAUCAGAACUGAGAAACAUGCAGGACAUGGUAGAAGAUUUCAAAAACAAAUAUGAAGAUGAAAUAAACAAACGCACGAGUGCAGAGAAUGAAUUUGUGGUAUUGAAAAAGGAUGUGGAUGCUGCAUAUAUGAACAAAGUGGAAUUGGAGUGUAAAGCGGAUCAAUUGACUGAUGAGAUCAACUUCCUGAGGACACUUUAUGAAGCGGAAAUGAAUGAAGUUCAAGGACAGAUUGCGGAUACCUCGGUCAUCUUGUCUAUGGACAACAACAGAAGUCUGGAUCUCCAAGGGAUCAUUAAUGAGGUUAAAUCUCAAUAUGAUGAGAUCGCCCAGAGGAGCAAAUAUGAGGCUGAAGCCGCUUACGCCAUGAAGUUUGAGCAGCUAAAACAAACUGCUGGGCAACAUGGCAGUAACCUAAAAUCCAGCAAGACUGAGAUAGCUGAGCUGAACCGAGCAAUCCAGAGACUAAAGGCUGAAAUUGAAAGCGUUAAGAAACAGUGUGCCAGUUUGCAGACAGCUAUCUCAGAAGCUGAAGAGCGAGGUGAACUUGCUCUAAAAGAUGCUCAAAAGAAGCUAAAUGAUCUCCAAGCUGCACUCAAAAAGUCAAAGGAAGAUCUGGCGAAGCAGAUGCGUGACUACCAAGAACUAAUGAACGUGAAGCUAUCCCUGGAUAUAGAAAUCGCCACCUACAGAACACUGCUGGAAGGAGAGGAGUGCAGGAUGUCUGGAGAGAUUGUGAAUCCUGUUAAUAUCUCUGUGGUCAGUGGCUCCACUUCAUACAAUAUUGGAGGAGGAGGUGGAGGAGGAGCAGGAGGAUCAAUGGCCAUGGGAGGCGGCGGUGGAGGUGGAUACGGAGCUAGUGGAGGAGGUGGAUACGGAGCUGGUGGAGGAGGUGGAUACGGAGCUGGUGGAGGAGGUGGAUACGGAGGCGGUGGAGGAGGUGGAUUUGGCACUGGCGGUGGAUUUGGAGCUGGUGGUGUAGGAUAUGGAGCUGGAGGUGGAAGCUAUGGAGCUGGAGGCGGUGGAUAUGGUGGAAGUGGAGGAUAUGGAGGAGGAUCUUCAAUGGGUGCUGGAGGCGGCGGAGGAGACUACUCUGGAGGUGGCAGCUUCAGCAGUGGAAGCAGACAAGGCAUGACCUUCGUCUCGAAAACAUCUACUGCGUCAAGCAGAACAAGCUACUAAACACAGCUUAAGCCAAACAUCUUCAACACAUAUUCCUUUCCUGUCUGCUAAUAUAGCUCAAACUCUUCCAUUGCUCAUCACCCUGAAACUACAGAUCUA